GCAUAGUUGCAGUCCUGCAUUAAACGCGUGAUCCGCGAAUUCGGUGGUGCACGAUAAUCUCAGUCGCUGGUCGAGAAUUGAAAGUUGCGUCGUAUCAAAGAGUGUAGCAAAGUAUGAUUUAAAGUAAGCGGUGGAUUACAGUUGAAUUCUCAUAGAAUUAUACGGCAGGCACCAUCGACUUUCGAAAAUGGUUGUGCUCAGUGAUUUUUUGGCUCCACAAACGGGAAUUCGCCACGAGGAAAAAGAUACUACCCUCUAUAUCAAUGAAAAGGAGGUGGGCAAAGGAAUUCUUUAUAUUACAGAAAGUGUUCUUUCAUGGGUUAAUAGUGACACUCGACAAGGUUUUUCCUUAGAGUACCCACAUAUAUCACUUCAUGCCAUUUCUAGAGAUGAACAAGCUCAUCCCAGACAGUGUUUGUAUGUUAUGGUUGACGCCAAAGUAGAUUUUCCAAGUGGUUCUGCAUUAGAACCUAAUAAUGAUAAAACUAAGAGUAACAAUGGUGAUGAGAACAAUGACGAUGAUGACGAUGACGAUGAUGAUUCAGAUGCACCAAUAACGGAAAUGCGAUUUGCACCAGAUAACACAAAUAAUUUGGAUGCCAUGUUUCAAGCUAUGAAAACUUGUCAAGCUCUUCAUCCAGAUCCACAAGACAGUUUUUCUGAUGCUGAAGAAGAUAUCUAUGAGGAUGCUGAGGCAGAUGAAUUUGAAUACUUUGAAGCAGGUGCUGGAGAUGCUCCUUAUAUUACAGAACAACAUGAAACAAGUCACAAUGGCACUCAAGCAGUAGCAGAAGAGGCUAUGGACAUAGAGGCAGGGCAAUUUGAAGAUGCAGAGGAAGAUCCUUAAGAUAAUUAAAAGCUGUAUAACAGCUUGUACUCUCCUACCUUUAGUUACAAUAAUCUAUCUGUGUUACUCAUAUCACGCAUUUUAACGUAGGUGAAACACUUAUCAUAAUCAUAUGCACAGAAAGGAUAUAGCAAAUAUUUCAAAUCACUAAACUUUAUUAUUUAUAUUCAUUUUUGUACAUGUUUUCAUAGAUAAAAAAUAAUCAACUCAAUGUCAAAACAGCUUGUCUUUGUCUCACUCGUUAAAAAAUAUUACUUUAUUUUACAGAAACAAAUAAAAACUUAUCAGUUUUCAUCACAGCGAUUCAUAUAUAAAAUCGCAUUCACAAAACAUUAAAAAAAAAUAAGUCAGAAAUUUUUAUUUCUUUGCAAAUAAAAAUCACGAUGAUAAAUAAUUCAUUGCGGUAGUACUUUCUAAGAAUUGUCUACGUUGCCGCUGUGGCAAUAUCACAAAGUUAAUAGUGACUGUCAAAGUGCUUUUUUAUCUAAUUUUAUAAAUGAUAAAAUGAUGUAUUUGCAAAAUAAUGAAUAAUGACCUUAAUAGACAUGAU